CUGGCCGACACCAUGAACCCCGACCUGCGCAGGGAGCGGGCCUCCGCCACCUUCAACCCGGAGCUCAUCACACACAUCCUGGACGGGGGUCCCGAGAACACCCGGCGUCGUCGGGAGAUCGAGGACUUGAUUGUGAAUGACCCAGAUUUCCAGCAUGAGGACUAUAACUUCCUCACUCGCAGCCAGCGUUAUGAGGCGGCUGUCAAGAAGAGUGCCAUCAUGGUAAAGAAGAUAAGGGAGUUUGGCAUUGCAGACCCUAAUGAAAUCAUGUGGUUUAAAAGACUACAAUUGGUCAAUUUUGUGGAACCUGUGGGCCUCAAUUACUCCAUGUUUAUUCCUACCUUGCUGAAUCAGGGCACCACUGCUCAGCAAGAGAAAUGGCUGAACGCGUCCCAGGAACUCCAGAUAAUUGGCACCUACGCCCAGACGGAAAUGGGCCACGGAACUCAUCUCCGAGGCUUAGAAACCACUGCCACGUAUGACCCCAAAACCCAAGAGUUCGUUCUCAACAGUCCUACAGUUACAUCCAUUAAAUGGUGGCCUGGUGGGCUUGGGAAGACUUCCAAUCAUGCCAUAGUUCUCGCCCAGCUCUACACUCAGGGGAAGUGCUAUGGAUUGCAUGCCUUCAUUGUACCUAUUCGUGAAAUGGGGACCCACAAGCCAUUGCCAGGUAUUUCUGUUGGAGACAUUGGCCCCAAAUUUGGUUAUGAAGAGAUGGAUAAUGGCUACCUGAAGAUGGACAACUAUCGUAUUCCCAGAGAGAACAUGCUAAUGAAGUAUGCACAGGUGCAGCCUGAUGGCACGUACGUAAAGCCUGUCAGUAAUAAACUGACCUACGGGACCAUGGUGUUCGUCAGGUCCUACCUUGUGGGAGCAGCAGCUCAGUCUCUGUCCAAGGCAUGCACCAUUGCCAUUCGAUACAGCGCCGUGAGGCACCAGUCUGAAAUCAAGUCAGGGGAUCCAGAACCACAGAUUUUGGAUUUUCAAACACAGCAAUAUAAACUAUUUCCACUUCUGGCCACUGCCUAUGCUUUCCAGUUUGUAGGCAGAUUCAUGAAAGACACCUACUAUCGAGUUAAUGAGGGCAUCGACCAAGGAGACCUGACUGAGCUGCCUGAGCUUCAUGCCCUCACUGCUGGGCUUAAGGCCUUCACCACCUGGAGAGCAAAUGCUGGUAUCGAAGAGUGUCGGAUGGCUUGUGGUGGGCAUGGCUAUUCUCAUUGCAGUGGUAUUCCCAAUAUUUAUGUCACUUUCACCCCAGCCUGCACCUUCGAGGGAGAAAACACAGUCAUGCUACUACAGAUGGCCAGGUUCUUAAUGAAAAGCUAUAAUCAGGUGAUCUCAGGGAAGUUGGUUUGUGGCACAGUGUCCUACUUGAAUGACCUACCCAGCCAGCGCAUCCAGCCGCAGCAGGUGGCAGCCUGGCCGACUGUGAUAGACAUCAACAGUCCCGAAAGCCUGACUGAGGCUUAUAAGCUCCGUGCAUCCAGACUUGUAGAAAUGGCUGCUAAAAACCUUCAGACUGCACAGAGUCACAGGAAAAACAAGGAGGUGGCAUGGAACCUAACUUCCGUUGACCUUGUUCGAGCAAGUGAGGCGCAUUGCCACUAUGUGAUCGUUAAGAUCUUUGCAGAAAAUCUACUCAACAUUCAAGAAAAAUCCAUCAAACUUGUCUUAAAGAACUUAUGUCUCUUGUAUUCUCUGUAUGGAAUCAGUCAGAAGUCAGGAGAUUUCCUUCAGGGGAAUAUUAUAACAGUGUCUCAGAUUGAACAAGUAAACCAGCGUAUAAUGGAGUUACUCACUGAAAUUCGCCCCAAUGCUGUUGCUUUGGUUGAUGCCUUUGAUUUUAAGGAUAUGACCCUUGGCUCUAUUCUCGGCCGCUAUGAUGGGAAUGUAUAUGAUAAUUUGUUUGAGUGGGCCAAGCGAUCCCCCCUGAACAAAACAGAGGUCCACGAAUCUUACCAUAAGCACCUGAAGCCACUGCAGUCCAAACUUUGAAGCUCAUUGUGCUCCAGAAAGCAUCUGUAUGCUGCUUCCUCCUACCUGAUGCACAGAUCUACGUGGAAUCUUUAUCAAAUUCAUAGAACUGUAGAACUAGUAGUGACUUGACCUCUAUCUUCUUUAUAUAAAUUUUUAAGAUAAACAGAUUUCAGAGAUUAAAUUUUAAAAAAUCAUGUGUUUAAGUGCAAUUAACACUGAAAGAGACUUGCUAAGCACUCAGAAAGUUUAAGAUACGCAGCAUGAUAGCUUCCACUUGAAAUGCUGCUAGUAGUGCCUACUGGUAGGCCAUGAUUUUUUAUCAUUAGUAGGAUUUUAACUACUAAAUACUAAUUAUUUUCACAUUUUGAUUGCUAAUCGCUGGUUCUGUAGGUGUUUUUAAACAAAGGUAUUUUAUGUGCAGUAGAUCUUCCCUAUCAAAUGACUUACCACUCCAACCAUGGGGCCUGGUUAAAGGCAAUACUGAAGAAAAUUGUGGGAAAGAAAGUAACUGGAAACCUUAACCCGAGGGUGUGUUUUCUGCCUGCUUCCCUUCUCUGCAGAAGCAUUGCUGCUGUCAUACUAACAUUUUCCAACAAGAUCUCCACACACUGCAGCACCCACAGCUCCUGAAGGUAUUCCCUUCAGGAAUUCUAUUGUUUCUAUAGGAGCCCUGUACACUUUUUGUCCCCAGCUUCUUGCACAGUUCAGAACAGUUGGCUCAAAAUCUAGCUUUUGACCUUUGCUGGGCCUUCCAUCAGUGGUAUUUGAUUUCCUUCCUCUCUUUCUCCCCCAUCCCCAAUAAU